AUGCUGCCCACCUCCUCGGAGCGGUCGCGCCGGGGGGCGCCCAACCGCACAUACCACUCGAUGUCCACCUACCUGCGGCGCAUCGUCAAGCCCAAGCAGAUGGACGUCGAGUACACGCUGUGGCUGAUGCUGCAGCUGUGCCUGUCGCCCAAGACGGCCUACCGCCACGCCGCCUACCACAAGCAGACCAAGAACCAGUGGUGCAGGGACGACCCCGCCUACCUGGUGGUCUGCUGCCUGUUCGUGGCCUUCUCGGCGGCGGGCUACUGCGUGGCCUUUGGAACGAGCUUUUGGGGCGGCCUGGCGGUGACCGCCUACGCCGUGUUCGUCGAAUUCCUGGGCCUGGGGGCCUUGAUUGCGACGCUGGCUUGGGCGGUGGCCAACCGGUUUCUGAGGAAGAAGCUCCUGCCGUCGCACGCGGUGGAGCAGCGCGUUGAGUGGAUGUACGCCUUCGACGUCCAGUGCAACUCCUUCUUCCCGCUGUUCCUGCUGCUGCACGUGGUGCAGUUCCUACUACUGCCGCUGCUGCUGGCCAACAACGUGCUGGGGCCGAUCCUGUCCAACGCGCUGCACGCCGUGGCGUUCAGCUACUACCACUACCUCAACUUCCUUGGCUACAGCGCCCUGCCGUUCCUGGAGGGCACCGAGCUGUUCCUGUACCCAGUGGCCCUCGUGCUGCUGGCCAUUCCCUUCGCCAUCGUCUUCGCGUUCAACCCAACGGCUGUUACUCUCCGGUGGUACCUCACCCUCACAGGUUAA